UCUGUUAGAGCUCAAUGCAAUACAGACGUGAUCUCAAUAUUUCGUUUAAGUUACACGCGCGUUUGCCUGUGACUUACGAAGAGACAUCAUGUUGUACGUGGCCAAAUAACAUUUCUUACGAUGCCGCGGCAAUACUACGGCUGUAAUAAUAAGUUACGUGUAGCGGUGUGAUAUGUUUACACGUUCAUGAUACAGUACUCGCCCGUCGUAAAUGUAUUUCAGUGCCAGGUGCUUAAGAAGCAGCUGGCAAGAUGGGAAAAUUGUUGUCAAAGAUCUUUGGCAACAAGGAAAUGCGAAUUCUUAUGUUAGGAUUGGAUGCUGCUGGGAAAACUACGAUAUUAUAUAAACUUAAACUAGGACAGUCUGUAACAACUAUACCAACUGUAGGAUUCAAUGUAGAAACAGUUACCUAUAAGAAUGUUAAGUUCAAUGUUUGGGACGUCGGUGGUCAAGAUAAAAUACGUCCAUUAUGGCGUCAUUACUACACAGGAACACAGGGACUUAUUUUUGUAGUAGACUGUGCAGAUAGAGAUCGUAUCGACGAAGCGCGUCAAGAACUUCAUCGAAUUAUAAACGAUAGAGAAAUGCGAGAUGCUAUAAUUUUAAUUUUUGCGAAUAAGCAAGAUCUUCCUGAUGCAAUGAAACCACAUGAAAUACAGGAGAAGUUGGGUUUAACUAGGAUACGAGACAGGAAUUGGUAUGUUCAACCAUCAUGUGCCACAACAGGGGAUGGGCUUUACGAAGGUCUUACAUGGUUGACUAGUAAUCAUAAAUUAUGAGCAAAUAUUUAUUUUUCAUCGAUUAGUCGCAUACCAAGAAUGUACGUUUGCUUUGUUUUUUCACUUUUUAUUUAUCAUGUAGAGGCUCUGUAACGCAACUGACAAUGAUCGCUAUGAUCCAUAAGAGAGAAGAAAUCACUUUUACCAUACAAUUGCAAAUACAAGACAUCCAUUAUUAUCGAAUGGUGCGUUUCAGUAAUAUUAAUGCUAUAUAAAUAGAAAUUUAUCAAAGUACCAAAAGAUAUAGACUUUGUUACUAACUGUUUACUGAAGUCCAUGAAAAUAGUUAUUACAUUAUUAGGUUAACAUGUUCAUCAUUUUAUCAUAAUUUAAAUGUAUGUAUAUGCGCGUGCGUAUCGCAUUAUGUUACUAAUUGUAAGGGAACAUGAAAAAUAUGUACCUAUUGUGGUACAUUAGGGAUUGCAUUUAAAGAAAAGAAAAAUAUCUUUGCAACUAAAAGUAAUUGUUUAUGCAAUAAUCGAUUGAAAUUUUCAUUCUUGAAAUUGAUAUUCAAUUGGUUAUUGUUGAUGCUACGUAAUCCGUAUCAUGUAAUAUUCAUAUGUAUAAUCUCAUCGAUAUAUGUAAGUAAUCCUUUGAAGAACUUACACUAACGGUUCGAUAUAACACCAGAAUAUUACUCACUGAUAAAACUUUGUUACUAUUCAGAUGCAUCAGAGUAUUUUGAUGAUUUCGUUUGUAUCUCUUUUAGUGUGAUUGUCUUCCAUUUCUGUCAGGACUUAACGCAUAUCGGAUGGUUUUCAUUUUCAAACUCCUUUAUGUACGGUUUCGUGUGUAUUUCAUCGUCAUGUUUUAUUGAAAUUUAUUAUAAUACAUCUAGACACACAUACACAUAUAGAGUGGUGAAGUUGUUCUGUACGCACAAAAAAUGAGCCGCAAGAUUUAAUACUAUACGACAGUUCCAAUCUGUUACUAUUACAAGCUCAAAACGGAAAAACUAAGAAGGAAGGAAAUUAAGAACAAUGUUACUAAUGUAACAGCAUUAAAUUUGCCAAUAUUUUUUACCAGUUAAGCAAUUAAAUAAUGCAGAAUUAGGAUUAGGUCUCAAGAGAAAGAAUCAGUACAUGUUUACUGCAAGUCUCGUUUUUUUUUUUUUUUGAAAUAGUAAUCUCUAGAAUAAGAUGAUGAACGUAAUAUUUAUCGACAUUUAUCGAUUUUAGUUAAUUCGACAAAAGAAAGAACUUCGUCGACAUUUAAAUUCCAUUUUUUAUCGGGUUACGAAUUUCAUACUUGCAUAACAAAAUACCACUAAAAACUGAAUGAUAGCGGUGUGUUACUAUUUGAAUGAAUUGCUAUAUCGAUAUUUUAAUUUGCAUUCCACGAUUAUAUUAAGGUAUUAGGAUUUUAACAAAUUGUAUUACUUUAUAUAAAAUAUCAGCAAUGGUAUUCAGAUA